AGGGAAGGGGGGCGGAAAGAGGGCGGAAAGUGAAAGGCAUAGAGCGCCUCUCUUUCCCCCGUCUGACUCGAUUCUCGACUGCUCCGAGCAGCCGUUGUAUUGUGGGAUCGCGGCGCCGUGCCUGAGACGGUAGGAUUCACAGGGGAGCCCACUCACUAGCGCCUCCUGUUGUCCGCAAGGCUGCCCUGCCAUUCCUCGGCCCCCAACUCCCUCCACUCCCCCCCCAUCGCCUCCUCCUCCAUCCUCCAGUUCAAAAUGGCGGCGGCGGCAGCAGCGGCGGCCGCGAUGGCUCCUCCGGGUUGCCCGGGUUCGUGCCCCAACUUCGCCGUAGUCUGCUCCUUCUUGGAGCGCUACGGGCCGCUGCUCGACCUGCCUGAGUUGCCGUUUCCCGAGCUGGAGCGGGUGCUGCAGGCGCCGCCGCCGGACGUCGGCAGUGGAGAAGUACCAAAAGAAUUGGUGGAGCUCCAUUUGAAGUUGAUGAGGAAGAUUGGCAAAUCUGUUACAGCAGACAGAUGGGAAAAAUAUUUAAUCAAGAUAUGCCAAGAGUUUAAUAGCACCUGGGCAUGGGAGAUGGAGAAGAAGGGCUAUCUUGAAAUGAGUGUUGAAUGCAAACUAGCACUCCUAAAGUACCUCUGCGAGUGUCAGUUUGAUGACAAUCUCAAAUUCAAGAACAUUAUCAAUGAGGAGGAUGCUGAUACCAUGCGUCUCCAACCAAUUGGCCGAGACAAAGAUGGCCUCAUGUACUGGUACCAGUUGGAUCAAGAUCACAAUGUCAGAAUGUACAUAGAAGAACAGGAUGAUCAAGAUGGCUCUUCAUGGAAAUGCAUUGUCAGAAAUCGAAACGAGUUGGCUGAGACUCUUGCCCUCCUGAAAGCACAGAUUGAUCCUGUGCUACUGAAAAACUCUAGCCAACAGGACAACUCUUCCCGGGAAAGUCCCAGCUUAGAGGAUGAGGAGACUAAAAAGGAGGAAGAAGCACCUAAACAAGAGGAACAGAAGGAAAAUGAAAAGAUGAAAAGUGAAGAGCAGCCAGUAGAUUCAGAAAACUGUUCGACACCCAGUGCUCUGGAAGAGGCUACUGUGAAAAUAGAAAAAGAAGAUGAAAAGGAACUUGUCAAACUGCCAGUCAUAGUCAAGGUAGAAAAACCUUUGCCAGAAAGUGAGGAAAAAAGGAUUAUCAAAGAAGAAAGUGAUUCCUUCAAGGAAAAUGUCAAACCCACUAAAGUUGAAGUAAAGGAAUUUAGAGCAGAUCCUAAAGAUAUCAAAGGUAGCAUGGAGAAGCUAGAGCCAGAGAGGCUGGAGUUUGGUGGCAAUGUUCGAUCUUCUCAAGAAAUCACUGAGAAGUCUACUGAAGAAACCGAGAAAAUUAAAAAUGAUCAGCAGGCCAAGAUACCACUAAAAAAACGAGAAAUUAAACUGAGUGAUGAUUUUGACAGUCCAAUCAAAGGACCUUUGUGUAAAUCAGUUACUCCAACAAAAGAGUUUUUGAAAGAUGAAAUAAAACAAGAGGAAGAGACUUGUAAAAGGAUCUCUACAAUCACUAUUAUGGGUCAUGAAGGGAAACAACUGGUAAAUGGAGAAGUUAGUGAUGAAAAGGUAACUGCAAAUUUUAAGACAGAACAAAUGGAGACAAGGUUUUAUGAUACAAAAGAAGAUAGCUGUAGCCCCUCUAAAGACAGAAGUGUCAUCAUGGAGGGAAAUGGAGCAGAGUCCUUAAAUUCUGUCAUAACGAAUAUGAAAAUAGGUGAUCUUGAGAAGGAAGUGGUCCCUGUAGGGAAAGAUGCAGAUAGUUCAGUAUCAGUCUUAGAGUCCCAAAAUCAAAAAGGGCAAUUAGAGGAAACUGGUCCUCCGGAAAUGGAAAUCUCUUUUGAGACUUCUGAGAUGGCAAAGGAUCUGUCUUUGAAAACUACUUUAUCUGCCACUGAAUCUUGUACCCUGAAAGUUGACGAGAAGUCUCCCAAAAGUAAAAAAGAUAAGCGCCCACCAGUCCUAGAAUGUCUUGAAAAGUUAGAGAAGUCCAAAAAGACUUUUCUUGAUAAGGACACACAAAGAUUGAGUCCAAUACCAGAGGAGGUUCCAAAGUAUACUCUAGAAUCAGUAAAGCCAGUCUCUCCUGAGGCAGCUGAAACCUCGGCACCAUCUAACAUGACGGACGACUGUGAGAAAUUAGCCUCAGAAAAGGAAAUGGUGGAAUGUCAGAGCACAAGUUCCACUGAAAGUCAGCCCCUAGAAAAAACAGACCCAGAAAUUCUCCAAAAGGAUUCUGAGUCCACCAAGGUAGAAACAGGUCAUCUGGACAAUGCCCAGACCUCUGGCACAGAGGAUCAUUCUGAGACAAAGGGUUCUAUGCAAAAGAGCAAAUUUAAAUAUAAGCUGGUUCCUGAAGAAGAAACCACUGCCUCAGAAAACACAGAGAUAACCUCUGAAAGGCAGAAAGAGGGCAUCAAAUUAACAAUUAGGAUAUCCAGUCGGAAGAAGAAGCCAGAUUCUCCUCCCCAAGUUCCAGAACCAGAAACCAAGCAAGAGAAGACAGAAAAGGAAGAAGAGAAAACAAAUGUAGGUCGUACUUUAAGGAGGUCUCCAAGAAUAUCUAGACCCACAGCAAAAGUGGCUGAGAUCAGAGAUCAGAAAGCUGAUAAAAAAAGAGGGGAAGGAGAAGAUGAAGUGGAUGAAGAGUCAGCAGCUUUGCAGAAAGCAGACAAAAAAGAAAAUCUGAAAAAAACGGAGAAGGAUACGAAUUCUAAAGUAAGCAAGGUAAAACCCAAAGGCAAAGUUCGAUGGACUGGUUCUCGAACACGUGGCAGGUGGAAAUAUUCUAGCAAUGAUGAAAGUGAAGGGUCGGACAGUGAAAAAUCAUCUGCAGCUUCAGAGGAAGAGGAAGAAAAGGAAAGUGAAGAAGCCAUCCUAGCAGAUGAUGAUGAACCAUGCAAAAAAUGUGGCCUUCCAAACCAUCCUGAGCUAAUUCUUCUGUGUGACUCUUGUGACAGUGGAUACCACACUGCCUGCCUUCGCCCUCCACUGAUGAUCAUCCCAGAUGGAGAGUGGUUCUGCCCCCCUUGCCAACACAAACUACUGUGUGAGAAAUUAGAAGAACAAUUGCAGGAUUUAGAUGUUGCCUUAAAGAAGAAGGAACGUGCUGAACGCAGGAAAGAACGUUUGGUGUAUGUGGGUAUCAGUAUCGAAAACAUCAUUCCUCCACAAGAGCCAGAUUUUUCUGAAGAUCAUGAAGAAAAGAAAAAAGAUUCAAAAAAAUCCAAAGCAAACUUACUUGAAAGGAGGUCAACAAGAACACGGAAAUGUAUAAGUUAUAGAUUUGAUGAAUUUGAUGAAGCAAUCGAUGAAGCUAUAGAAGAUGAUAUCAAAGAAGCUGAUGGAGGAGGAGCCGGCCGAGGGAAAGAUAUCUCCACCAUCACAGGUCACCGUGGGAAAGACAUCUCUACUAUUUUGGAUGAAGAAAGAAAAGAAAAUAAACGACCCCAGAGGGCAGCUGCUGCACGUCGGAAGAAACGCCGGCGACUGAAUGAUCUGGACAGUGACAGCAACCUGGACGAAGAAGAGAGUGAGGAUGAAUUCAAGAUCAGCGACGGAUCUCAAGAUGAGUUUGUUGUAUCUGAUGAAAACCCAGAUGAAAGUGAAGAAGACCCACCAUCUAAUGAUGACAGCGACACUGAUUUCUGUAGCCGGAGACUGAGGCGACAUCCCUCCCGGCCAAUGAGGCAAAGCAGGCGUUUGCGGAGAAAGACCCCAAAGAAAAAGUAUUCUGAUGAUGAUGAAGAGGAGGAGUCUGAGGAGAAUAGUAGAGACUCUGAAAGUGAUUUUAGCGAUGAUUUUAGUGAUGAUUUUGUAGAAACUCGGCGGAGGCGGUCAAGGAGGAACCAGAAAAGACAAAUUAACUACAAAGAAGAUUCUGAAAGUGAUGGUUCCCAGAAGAGUUUACGACGUGGGAAAGAAAUCAGACGAGUUCACAAACGCAGGCUUUCUAGCUCAGAGAGUGAAGAGAGCUAUAUGUCCAAGAACUCUGAAGAUGAUGAGCUAGCUAAAGAAUCAAAGCGGUCAGUUCGAAAGCGGGGUCGAAGCACAGAUGAGUAUUCAGAAGCAGAUGAGGAAGAAGAAGGCAGACCAUCUCGAAAACGGCUACACCGGAUCGAGACAGACGAGGAGGAGAGUUGUGACAAUGCUCAUGGAGAUGCAGAUCAGCCUGCCCAUGACAGCCAGCCCAGGGUCCUGCCCUCAGAACAGGAGAGCACCAAGAAGCCCUAUCGGAUAGACAGCGAUGAGGAAGAGGACUUCGAAAAUGUAGGCAAGGUGGGGAGCCCUUUGGACUAUAGCUUAGUGGACUUGCCUUCCACCAAUGGACAGAGUCCUGGCAAAGCCAUUGAGAACUUGAUUGGCAAGCCAGCUGAGAAGCCUCAGACCCCCAAGGACAGCAGCACAGCCAGUGCCAGCCUGGCCCCCAAUGGGACAAAUGGUGGGCAGGAGGCAGGGGCACCAGAAGAGGAGGAAGAUGAGCUUUUACGAGUGACUGACCUUGUUGAUUACGUCUGUAACAGUGAACAGUUAUAAGACUUUUUUUCCAUUUUUGUGCUAAUUUAUUCCACGGUAGCUCUCACACCAGCGGGCCAGUUAUUAAAAGCUGUUUUAUUUUUCCUAGAAAACUCCACUACAGAAUGACUUUUUAGAAGAAAAAUUUCAACAAACCCUGAAGUCUUUCUGUGAAGUGACCAGUUUUGAACUUUGAAGAUAAAUAAUUGCUGUAAAUUCCUUUUGAUUUUCUUUUUCCAAGUUCAUGGUCCUUGGUAAUUUCAUUCAUGGAAAAAAAUCUUAUAAGAACAACAAAGAUUUGUAUAUUUUUGACUUUAUAUUUCCUGAGCUCUCCUGACUUUGUGCAAAAGGGUGGAUAAGAAUGCAUUCCGAAUCUGUGAGGGCCCAAAACAGAAUUAGGGGUGGGAGAAAGCACUUGUGCUUUAGCUUUUUCAUAUUAAAUAUAUAUUAUAUUUAAACAUUCAUGGCAUAGAUGAUGAUGAACAGACUGUUUAAAAGUUCCAGUCUGUAUUGUUGCAGUUUGAGAACUGUAGAUAACAUCAUACGUAAGUCAUUCAGUAACAGCAUUCAUGAUAUCAACUUGUUUACUAUUGGAGAUAACCAUACUUAAUAAAGAAGAGAUGGAGAAAGCACCAUCAUUAAAAACUCUAACCUGAGUUUCUGUUAUAGCGGAGUUUCUUGUUUAAAAAAAAAAAAUCAUCUGAAAAACAUUUGUACAGUAAAAUGUAUAAUGAAGCUUUGACAACCAGAUUGUGCUAGCAGCAAAUUUUUUUAAGCAGCUUUAUGCAGUGGUGAUGAGGUGGCCUCUAAUAUCCUAUCAGUGAGAGUUAUUAGUGAAAUAAGCAUGGUCUUUCUUUAGGCCCAGGUGGACUGUAAACCUUGCAGAUAGUGUAACUCUUGUCUUCUGGCCACUUAAUAUUUAAAUAUCUGAAAUAUCCCAUUUUGAAAGAAAUAACAUCUAUACAUAACAUACAUGAAGAGAUGCUAAGCUGACAGCAGUAUUUUAGCACAUUUGAUGACGGGGAAAGGAUUUUCAGGUGAAUUUUAACUGGUCUAUUCUUGCCCUUAGAAUCUACUUCAAAUUGAAGUCUACAAACAAAGCAGUUCCUUUGGGAGGUUUUUAGUUUGAGUUUUAGCAUGUAUGUGUGUGUAUACGUGUGUGUGUAUGUGUGUGCGUUGGAAUUUCCUAUCUGCCUGGAUAUAUUAGCAGGGUUUGAAUGUAGUUUUGGCCUUUGGCCAUUAGACUUCUAUUAAAAUUCAUUAAUAGUCAUACGACCGACCUAGAGUUGAUUGAGAACCGCCAAUAUACUUAAUGGGCAUGACAUCCAUUUCAAACAUCUCAACACUUUAAUGAAAGAUAAGCCCUUUGUUUCAAGAAAAAGGGGUUUAUAACUAAAUAUCUAACAUGUAAUUGACACUAAAAUAUGAACUUUGUCUUAUUUAGUUACUGUUACAGCUGUAAAAUUUCAGGCAGAGCCAUAAAUAACAUUGUAUAAAGUGUAGCACUUGUGGUUAAACCUUGCCUGUCAAAUUCUGAAACCUUCAGCCAUUACUUCUGUGAAUACUUUUGCCCUGGGAUUUGGGUUUUUCUGUUCCGGUGUUGUGUCUGUUGCCGGCAAUGGACACACCAUAUCUGCUGCUGGCCCAAGGAACUUUGUUAAUUUUUCUUUCCAAAUUAAGCAUUAUAUGUGCUAGUCAGUGUAUAGUAAAGCACUUCUCUUUUUUAUGAUUAAAAAGCUGGCAUUAGACUUGCAUUAUAAAUACCUCUCUAGAAACUUUAUACUCUUUCUUUUCCUUCCUCAGCGGGUGUUGCCCUUAAAUCUUAUCUUUUGGCCUUGAAAGUUUAUAGCUGUUGUUUUUUCAUUUGUUUGUUCUUUUGUUUGUUUUGUUUUGUUUCACUUUAGUUGUGUAGUACCUGCCGAUUAAUAUUUUUGCUUUGAUUCUAGCAAUGUAUAUGUAUCUGUAUAAAAAAUAAAAUAAUGAAAGCAGCCUAAAAAUAGGAUGCACCAAUAGCAUGUGGUUCCAAGCAAGUUGUGAUUUUUAUUUUGAGACAAUGUUCCACUGGAAGGGAGGGAAGGGCUUACACUUACAGACAGUAGAGCAGGGUUACGUAAGGACCAUAUUCACGUACCAAGCCUCCUUUCUAGCCAGGUUUGUUCAUUUGUUUGAAAGUCAGGUAAGAAUGUUAGCUAGCCUUUUUAACUGUCUAACAGGCAGGCAAUAGAAGGAUUCCUACUAGUGCAAGGUAAGUGUUGAGAAUGUGCGGGCGGCCUCCCCUGCCCCCCAUUGUUCCUCUAGAUUUUAGUCUUGCAGCUGGGUAAAGCCACUACGGUGUAGAAGCUCCCACGUACGCUGUCUCUACCUCUGGACACACCAGCUCCUGCUUCCACCACUCUAUAGUUAAGCAAGUGAUAAGAAGUAUCCAGUGGGGUAGGUUAUUUAUUUUACAGGACGCCUAAUGUGAAAUAAAGGGAGUUCUUUUUACUCUUCUCCUACAGAGAGCAAAAGGUCAUUGUUAUCGUAGUAGAGACUGAGUAUUCAAGUUAGCCUAGGUCCCACUGACAUGGGUUUUGAUACCACUUUUGCUGCCUAUUAAUUUACCGAACUUGAAUUAAGUAUUUGUGAACUUGAUAGUGAAUGUCUGCCUUCUAACCUUACAUUCUGAUUAAGCCAAUUAACCGUUUUGUUAACAAGGAGUGCAAUCCAAGCAGCUGAACUUAAAAAUUACUAUGCAGACAGGUUAAUUAUGGGCAGUUAAAUGUUGGACAUUGCAAAACCAAUUCUGCUGCUUGGUGAUUAGAUUUAGUCCCUCAUAAAGUCUUAACGUUCACUGAAAUAUUAACUGAACAUGCUUUGAAGAAAUUUUUAAAAAUGUAGGAAAAAGUAAAUUGUCCUGUAUCCAAAGAUACAAUUCAGUCAUUAGGAAUUGGACAGAGUAUAGGAAAGCAGCAGCUCCAUCUAGAGUUUAGAACAUCUUGGAUCCUUAGAGUACUAACCAUGGAUUUAGAUACCUCCAUAGCUGCCAUAUAAUAGAGUCCUUUAAUACUUUAAACCUUUUUUGAAGUACAGGUGGACUCCCAAUGUCCCACUCCACAGUCUAGCACAUGUAUUAAGGGGAGAUGUAGUUUAGUGCACAGAAUAUUUAGUUUGCAAUUUCUGUAUAAGUUUGAAAACUAGCCAAAUGUUCACAAAGCAGAAGCUUUGAAUUAAAAUAUAUGAAAGGAACUCAGACUGAAAAUACACAUUUUGGUUUUGUAGACUUGUGUCGAUGAAAUAGGGUGUCGUGUAAAACAUUUUCCGUUGUUGGCACGUUAUUAGAGAAUGAUGGCAGAGAGCUUUUCAAGAGUUUACCUGAUAUAUUGAGGUUGGAUUUCCUUGACACAUCUUUUUCCAGUUGGUCAAGGUUGCAGAUGCAGAGAAUAAAGAGGAGUUUCCUUCAGAAUAAAUUCAUGUCUACUGAUAGUCUUUUUUUUUUUUUUAUGACCUGCCAAAGAACCAAGGACUGAAUGCUAAAAAAGUUGUUGAUAAAAACAUUUUAAACAAAUUUUAAAAGGAUAUUACAAACUCCAGUUUUCACUUUUUGGUUGAUAGAGCCCAUCCCAUAGUAUGCAUCUGAGCAAAGGAUAUAUACUAAGAAAAAUGUAGGAGUGUACUUGUUUAGAGGUAAAAUGGUGAGAAAAUGUUACCAGUUUUUAAAUGGGAUUGAUGGAAUUUACUUUGUCACAAAGAAUGCCUUUUUAGCUUAUGUAUGUGGGGAUGAGAGACAUUAACCAUGCGCUAGUUCUACCAUAUGACUGGAAGGAACCCAGGGAAUCUGUAAGUUGAAUAUUCAGAAAAAGUUGUGAACUCUGCCCUUCACCAACACAGUGAAACAGGUCCGUGAUUGCCUCACAGCUAUAGAACAAGUAUUCAAAGACCCAGACCUUUUUUAAAAAAUAGAACAUACAUAUAUGUAUGUAUAUAUAUGUUAAUAUGUGUAUACAUACUUUAGAUGUUAGCAGAAAUUUAAAAUGAAUCCUUUGAAAUCAUUAAUUGACAUUGUAAAAAGACAUAAGACAAAUAAUUGUGACUGAUGUGAAAUUAUGAACAUUUAAUUACAGAAAGUCCAGAGAAAAAUAGUGAAGUUCCUCUUCUUGGUGUGAUAUUCUAAGAAAAUAUUCCUGGUUCUCUAAGAAGUAAGAAUGCCAAGACUGCUUAUCCGCUAUAAUCUACCUAGUCCUUUGCUUAAUAUUGUUAUUAAACCCUCUUAGAAUAAAAUCCAUUCCUAUUUUAUCCACCGUUCCCAGUGUGUACCUGUAAACCUACUUUGCAAGUGGCAGUUCAGCUGCUGAUUUUCUUAUUUUUAUACCAAUCCCGGAAGACAAGGCCCUUUGCUAUCAGUGUAUUUAAACUGGGUUAUUGUGUUAUGUGUACACUUAAUAAUUUGUUUUCAAGAUAUUUCACUUCAACUUAAAUUAUCAUUUAUCAUUUUUUGAGUGCCAAGAAUUGCUAAGUAACUAUGUAACAUACAUUGAAGAAGAGUCAUUCCCCAGCAAGCAAGCAGUCUUCAUAAGCCAAACUGUAGUGUGCUUGGUAUAUAACCACUUUAGAUUAUCCACUCGAUACUUCUUUUAUUCAUAUAAACCCUCUCAGAAAUUGAUUAGAAUAGGACUCCAUUAGUUGAUUUUUUUUCCCCUGAUUUUGGUCAUGUGAGCGCAAUUUUUUUUUCCAUUUUAUAUUUAUAUGAUUUCAUUCUGGGAAAUGCUGCAAACCCAAUUCUGGCACAUUGUGAUUUCAGUUAAUGAAAAUGUUAUUUUUAUUUUAAUAACUUUUUAAGAUAUAUCCUAUGCAUAAGUUAUAUGAGAGGGCAUAACAAAUUAUUAGAUGAAUAGAAAUUUAUUAAUUAAGCUCCUUAGACUUUUUUUUUAAUUUUAUUGUGUUAGUCACCAUACAUUUUGAAUGAGAAAAAACAUUUAAAGGAACUACAUUUGUGUUUUUUGCCAAACCGGUACAAGCUAGUAAAUGCACUAAGGACUGAGUGACCUGCCUUGUUCAUUUUGCCACUGGAUGAUGUAAGUUAAGAAUGGAAUUGUUAACCCUAAUUAUAUAUUUUCUUGACUUUCAUCACUUUCUAAAGAAAUCUAAUUUAAGUGUUUGGGGUUUUGUUUGACCUGUAUUUAUUGAGUUCUGGUCAUAGACCAGGAGCUGCAUGUCAUGCUUAUGGAUGGCCAGAACACAGUCAUUGGGAUACUUAAUGGCUCAAGACCUUCUGAAUCAUUUAACUUAUUUUGUAUGUUGCAAAAAAAAAAAGGUUUAUUUUGCUUGAGAGUCACAUUUUUUAUAUAACUGUACAGCUUUUAAGGGUUGGGAGGUGGAAAAAUACCCUAAAAUAGGAUGUAGAUUUUUACAAUUGUGUUUAUGCUAGAACAUCUACAGGUGCAUUAUGUAAUUAAACCUAAAAUUGUUUAAAAAUCUGUGCCAUGGUCUUUUUCAUUUUCCUGCCCUUUAGCAGAGUUGGUGCAUGUCAAUAUUGCUAUGUGGACAAGCCUUGGAAUUAGGCUAAUAACCCUUGUCUCCAAAGUUUUAAGAUCAUUGCAUGAAAAUUAUACACAAACAUAUAUACACACACACACAUAGAGACACAUACAUAUGCACACAUGGAUCUAGUUUAUAUUAGUGUAAAUGAAUUUUCAAUUUCGGAACGGCUAUAAUAGCCUAAAUUUGGCAGUUAACAGCAUAUUAUAGUGUGUGAUUUUUCGUGAUGCCUAACUAGGGUAUUCUCAAUGUUGGUCUAGUGUUUUGUUCUCUUAGCAAAGUAGCUUCUUGAUAAGUAUCUGAAUUGUAGCUUGCCCAAACCUGCCUGGAGGUUUUCCAUACAGCUUGAAAGGGAGUGUCCUGUGCUAGGAUAGGCGGGGUGGGUUGGGGCAGAGCUUGGUUUCUUUUCCAUCUGUAAAAGGAAAACUAGAAUUGCUUGAUUUGGUUCUUGUUAUUCAGUAGACUUAAUGCCACAGGAAUAUUUUUCUGCUGGGAGGGAUAUGAGAUUCAAAUUCCAAUUCUUUCCACAUAUGAUGAAAAGUAUCUUUAAAGCUUGUAGAGUUGCUGAUUCUAGCAGUCUUUUACAUGGCACAUUUUACCAUAACAUAUUAAGACACCAGUAUGUUUGCCAUCUGAUAAUCUUACCAUUCUAACUCCUCACCUUUAUAGCACAAGUGUAUUCUUAUAAAGAAUUCAUCUAAGUGUGUCAAAAUUUCUCUCUAAACUCCCUUAAUCUAUUGUCAGCUAAUGUGGGAUUGCCAAUUUCUUUGCUAGCUUCAUCCAUUCAGAGGAGAAGCCUGGGAAUAAUGAAUUUCCAGGUGAAGAAUACAAAUUCCAGAUAAGAAUUUGUAAAUGGUAUAUGUUAAAUUUUCAUUUUGAUUUUAAAGUAAUAGUAGCUGAGAUUCAGGGAGUAUUUGAUCAAAAUGCCUCUUGGAUUUUCAGACAUGCUUAUAUGAAAUGCUUUAUUUUCCUAUGCAUAAAAAAAUUAUUCCUGGAAUAGGUUCUCAGAAUGCUUUAUUUUGUUUCUAGGAGAUGAGAGCUAAAGCAGAAGCUCCAAGAUUAGCAUAAAACUGUCGAGGUAAUCAGGAACGUUCUGUUAGUCAAAUAGGGGAAGCUGGAGUGCUCUCUGCCACAUAUAAUGUACUGCAUGUGUGUGUGUGUUGGGGGGGAGAUUUGAAAACUGGAAAUGUGAUUCCAUUAAUGCACAAAGUAAAUUUUGUGCAUAGAAAAUAUGGGAAUUCCUGGUAGCUUAAAGCUUCAGGGGUUAACUGCAGUGUAUGAACACCUAGUGUGUUAGAAUUGCAGUGCAUAGUUGUUUAAAUAUAAUAUUCCUUGUAAGUGACAACCAAAAUAUGUUGUGGCUGGUGCCAACAUUUUUUGUUAAUGAAAUGUUCAAUGUCUCACUACAGUCUGAUCAGAACUCUUGGUGUUAUAAGCCAGGCCUGAAGCUAUUUUAUAGUUAUUGGCCUAAUUGUGUAACUUUUUCUUUCAAAAUGUUUUAUUAUAAUACUUCUGUCAUUUCCUUCACUUAAUAUAUGUCAA